GCCCUAGAACCCCCCAUGCUGCCUGUGGGCCCUGGGACCCCCAUGCUGCCAUGGCUGGGCCCUGGGACCCCCAUACUACCGCUGGAGGCCCUAGGACCCCCAUGCUACCACUGGGGCCAGGACCCCCACUGCCACUGUGGGCCUAGGACCCCCAUACUACUGGAUUUCCUAGAGACCCCCAUGCUACCCCUGGACCCUAGGACCCCCCAUACUGCACUAAGCCCCCAUGUGCCCCCUGUCCCCCACUGCUACCACUGUGGCCUGGACCCCCAUGCUGCCAUGAAUCCUGGGACCCCCCAUGCUGCCACUAACCCCCAUCACUGCCCCUGUGACCCUGGAACCCCCAUACUGCCACUGGAGGCCUGGGACCCCCAUGCUGCCACUGGAGGCCCAGGACCCUCCAUGCUGCCACUGGCGGCCCUAGGACCCCCGUACCACUGGAGGUCCCUAUGUCCCCCCAUGUGCCCCCUGUCCCCCAUACUACCACUCAUUGCCCCACCACCACCACCUCCACCUCACCACCACCUCCACCACCGCCGCCGCCGUCUCACCACCACCUCCCCUCACUAUCUGCCUCCACCUCCUGCCGCCUCCGCCCCGUCUCACCGCCACCUCUCCAUCACCACCACACCUCACCGCCCCCCAUCUCUGCCACCGCCGCCACCUCCACCUCCGGUCACCGCCACCGCCGCCACCUCUGCCACCACCACCACCAUCCUCCACACCACCACCACGGUCGCUCUCCGCCGCCGUCUCGCCGCCUGCCACCACCACCGCCGCACCAUCACUUGCCGCCUGCCACCACCGCCUCACCGCCACCUCACGUCUUUAUCUCCUGCCACCACCUCACCUGCCUCUCACCACCAUCUCACCACCACCGCCACCUCCUGCCCAUCACCGUCACUCACCACCGCCGCCACCACCACCGCCACCACCUGCCGCCACCUCCGCGCCGCCGCCGCCCAUCACCGUCACCGCCACCACCUGCCUCUCCGCCGCCACCGCCACCCUCCACCAUCGCCUCCUGCACCGCCACCGCCUCCGCCACCACCACCUCGCCGUCAUCGCCACCGCCACCGCCUGCCGCCGCCGCCGCCCACCGCCGCC